UGGAGGGCGCGGCGAUGCGCUGGCCGGGGCGCUGAGCGGGGCGCGCUGGCCUCGCCUGCCUGCCUGGAGAGCGGCUUUUGUCUCGCUUCGCGGCGCGGCGCUGCGGGCAGGAGAGCGGCAAGAGCCCGCCGCAGGCGCCCCUUCCCCGGCCGCCUCUCCGGGGACCGGCCGCGGCUCCGGCUCUCUUACACAAGCGGCGGGGAGGCGGCGGCAGGCGCGGCGCCCGGCAGCCAGCGAGGAGCGCGCCGUCCCCGGCCCGGCCGGCCGGCCUUGUCCGCCGCGGGGGGCCUCUCGAGACCUGAUGGACUUCUGAGAGCUUGCUGGUGACGGAGCUGGUGACAGCAUGGUUAAACACCAACCUUUGCAGUACUACGAGCCGCAGUUGUGCUUGUCAUGCCUGACCGGAAUUUAUGGUUGCCGUUGGAAACGAUACCAGCGGUCACAUGAUGACACCACAAAGUGGGAACGCUUGUGGUUCUUAAUCCUCACCUUCACUUUCUUCCUGACGCUCGUGUGGUUUUAUUUCUGGUGGGAAGUUCACAAUGACUACAAUGAAAUCAACUGGUUUUUAUAUAAUCGAAUGGGAUAUUGGAGUGACUGGUCCAUUCCGAUCCUGGUUUCGACUGCUGCUGGCUUCACAUAUAUCACAGCCUUGUUGAUUUUAGCACUAUGUCACAUAGCAGUGGGACAGCAGUUGAACCUACACUGGAUCCACAAGAUCGGAUUAGUAACUACCCUUAUAGUGACCGUCAUCACGAUGUGUUCGAUAGCACAGCUCUGGGAUGAUGAAUGGGAUAUGGUCAUAAUAUCGUUACAGGCAACGGCCCCCUUCCUGCACAUUGGGGCCCUGGUGGCCGUCACCGCUCUGUCGUGGUUGAUAUCUGGGCAGUUUGCGAGAGCAGAAAGAGCUGGUUCGCAAAUGUUGAUGUUCACAGCCUACUUUGCGGUUGUCAUCGGGCUUUACCUCCUCCCCCUCACCAUCUACUCCCCUUGCUUCAUGGAGAAGAAGGAUCUUGGACCCAAACCCACCAUCAUCGGGCACCAGGGUGCGCCCAAGCUGGCACCGGAGAACACUUUGAUGUCCUUCCAGAAGGCGGUGGAGCAGAAAAUCUACGGAGUGCAGGCGGACGUGGUGAUCAGUUAUGACGGGGUGCCUUUCCUAAUGCGGGACAAGACGUUGCAGAGGACCACCAAUGUAAAGGAGGUGUUUCCAGAGCGGUACUCUGAGCAUUCUUCCAUGUUCAACUGGACCGACCUGGAGAGUCUGAACGCUGGCGAAUGGUUCUUCGAGUACGACCCCUUCUGGACCGCCAGCUCUCUCUCGGACUCUGACGCCAAGCAAGCUAAAAACCAAUCCAUCUGUAAGCUGGCUGACAUGUUGGAAGUGAUCAAGGACAACGUCAGCGUUCUCUUGAACUUCCAGACCUUGCCCAAAGACCAUCCUUUUUACAGCACUUUCCUCAACAUCUCCCUGGAUACAGUCCUCAGUUCGGACAUUCCACAGCAAGCUGUGAUGUGGCUGCCUGACACGGAGCGAAGACUGGUUGAGCAGAUUGCCCCGGGAUUCCAGCAGACCAUCGGUAUCAAAGCUGAUGCACAAAAACUGCGGGACGAAGGCUUCCGGAAACUGAAUCUGCGGUACACCGAGGUCACCCGCGAAGAGAUCAGGGAGUACGCAGCUGCUAAUCUGAGCGUGAACCUGUACAUUGUGAACGAGCCGUGGCUUUACUCCGUCCUGUGGUGCGCUGGAGUUCAGUCUGUCACCUCUGAUAACUCUCACGUCCUCAGCAGGCUGACUUCCCCCCUCUGGCUAAUGCCUCUGGAGGAGUACUGUCUAAUCUGGAUAACAGCCGAUCUCAUUUCAUUUACCGUAAUUGUAGGCGUUUUUAUAUUCCAGAAGUGGCGUCUGGGCAGCAUCAGGACCUACAACCCUGAGCAGAUCAUGCUGAGCGCCGCUGUGCGCCGGUCCAGCCGGGAUGUCAACAUCAUGAAGGAGAAACUGAUUUUUUCGGAAAUCAACAAUGGAGUGGAGACGACGGACGAGCUGUCGCUGUGCUCCGAGAACGGCUAUGCCAAUGAAGUCGUCACGCCCAUGGACCACAGGGACGUGAAGUUACGUAUCAACUGAAGGGCAGGAACUGGCGGACUCUGGAAUGCCCCGCUCUUCCUCGGCUCAAUGGCUCUUUCGCUCUUUCAGGAGCGGCUGAGGAUUGGACUUCCCCUAAUGAACUGUUAUUGCAGUGGACUUCCCGAGGGUGGCCUGGUGCCUCUCUGGAAACUGAAGCUGGCCUGGGUUUCUUUGGAGUUUUUUUUUUUGUAAAUAUGUCCCUUUUUUGUGGUCCUUUUUCCUUGCGUAUUUGGAACGGGGUGUGUACAUACUCGUGAGGAAAAAGCUGGCGACCGGAAAUCCUGCCUUCUGGCUGGGCCAGCCAACAACUGUUGGGGCAAGCCAGUGGGUGAAAGGACCCGCGUGUCUUCUCCACUCCCUUCCUUGGUGCAGCGAUUGUUAGCUGAACUUAUUUAA